CUGGGGGUCGGGGACUGGGGCUUUCCAGGGUCGUCUGUAGCGCAGAGCCGGGUCGAGCCACGGCCUCGGACUGUGUGCACAACCGUCGGCAGUUCAGUUCUGAGGAGAACCAGGACCUGUGCCAUCCCCAAACCGCCGACUGUUCUGGAACUUAGAGCCUCCGGCGCAGCCUUCAAGACUAAUCCAGAAUGGCUACCCUGAUCUUUGUGGAUAAGGAAAAUGGAGAACCAGGUACCCGUGUGGCUCCCAAGGACGGGCUGAAGCCGGGAUCUAGGCCUCUCAAAGCUUUAGAUGGGAGAUCUCAGGUUUCAACACCACGUGUAGGCAAAACGUUUGAUGCUCAAGCAGCCUUACCUAAAGUUGCCAGAAAGGCUUUGGGAACUGUCAACAGAGCCACAGAAAAUUCAGGAAAGACUAAUGGACCUCUCAAACAGAAGCAGCCAACCUUCUCUGCCAAAAAGGUGACUGAGAAGAUGGUCAAAGCAAAAAGCUCUGUUCCUGCCUCGGAUGACACCUAUCCAGAAAUAGAAAAAUUCUUUCCCUUCAAUCCUUUAGAUUUUGAGAGUUUUGACCUCCCUGAAGAGCACCAGAUUGCACACCUCCCCUUGAAUGGAGUGCCUCUCAUGAUCCUCAAUGAGGAGAGGGAGCUUGAAAAGCUGUUACACCUGGGCCCCCCUUCACCUCUGAAGAUGCCCUCUCCACCAUGGGAGUCUAAUCUGUUGCAGUCUCCAAGCAUUCUGUCGACCCUGGAUGUUGAAUUGCCACCUGUUUGCUAUGACUUAGAUAUUUAAAUUUCUUAGCACUUAAUAGUUUGUAUGUUUUGUAUUAAUAAAGCAAUUCUUUAACAGACUCUUCCUAA